GGUUGACAUUUAUGAUUUUGAAUUAUCAUCACCUAAACAGUGAUCAAACCCUAGCCUCGGCGCACUUUUUGAUCUGCUCUUCACCACUCAAAAUUCACUCUCGUUACAUUCGAAUCCACUACUCAAUUUCGCUGCAAACCCUUUAAUUUUCCCAUUUCGAACUCAAUUACAGUUAGAUCAUUGUUUGAUCGUCUGUAAUUCAGUUCAUAGAUAGGGAGAUAAAUAGUCGUUGUCAAGAUUAGAAAGGAAUAGAUGCCGAUUCUCUACUCGCUUGUGGCAAGGGGAUCUGUGGUUUUAGCGGAAUUCAGUGGCACUCCGACGAAUGCGAGCACGAUUGCGAGGCAAAUUCUCGAGAAAACCCCCGGAGAUAAUGAUAUGAAUGUUUCUUAUUCUCAAGAUCGCUAUAUUUUCCAUGUCAAGCGCACUGAUGGCCUUACUGUUCUCUGUAUGGCUGACGACGUCGCCGGAAGGAGAAUUCCUUUUGCAUUUCUUGAAGACAUUCAUCAAAAAUUUGUAAGGAGUUAUGGGAGAGCUGUUUUAUCAGCUCAAGCUUAUGGAAUGAAUGAUGAGUUUUCUAGGGUUUUGAGUCAACAAAUGGAGUAUUACUCAAAUGAUCCUAAUGCUGAUAGGAUUAACCGUUUAAAAGGCGAAAUGGGCCAGGUUCGCACUGUGAUGCUUGAGAAUAUUGAUAAGGUGUUGGAAAGAGGUGAUAGGUUGGAUUUGCUUGUUGAUAAAACCGACACCAUGCAAACCAACACACUGCGGUUCCGGAAGCAAACUCGCCGCUAUAGAACUUCUGUUUGGUGGAAAAAUGUCAAGCUCACGAUUGCUUUGAUAUUGCUUAUCUUGGUGAUUGCGUAUGUUGUAUUGGCAUUUGUUUGCAAUGGGAUUACACUUCCUUCUUGUAUAUGAGGUUACAAGGAGUUGGUUACAUUUCAUUUGGGGAUUCCGAUUCUUGAAUUGGAAUUGGAAUUGAGAUUCCGAUUCCGUUGGUUUUAAAACACAACACCAUCUUGGUGAUUGUUUUUUUUUAUUUGUAUAUUUUGUGUGUAAAAGAAGUUGUACUCAUGCAUAUGUGAUGUGUGUAUGUAUCAUUAUUUAUUAUUGUAACUAUUUAAGUUGGCCAAUCUAAAGGCCAUGAGGUUUUUUUUUUUUUUU